AUGUUGGCAUUCGCGGUCAGGACGGCGGUGAAGCCCCUGGGCUUCCUCAAGCCCUCCUCGCUGACCAAGGUCGCCAGCCGCUUCAAGGCGCACCAGGAGUCGCUGCCCCGGCUGCCCGUGCCCCCGCUGCAGCAGACCCUGGACCACUACCUGAAGACCCUGCAGCCCAUCGUGAGCGAGGAGGAAUGGGCCCACACCAAGCAGCUGGUGGAGGAGUUCCAGGCUUCAGGGGGCGUCGGAGAGCGCCUGCAGAAGGGGCUGGAGCGCAGGGCCAAGAAGAUGGAGAACUGGCUGUCCGAGUGGUGGCUCAAGACGGCCUACCUCCAGUACCGCCAGCCCCUGGUCAUCUACUCCAGCCCCGGCCUUGUGCUGCCCAGGCAGGACUUUGUGGACCUGCAGGGACAGCUCCGGUUUGCUGCCAAAUUCAUCGAGGGUGUGCUGGACUUCAAGGCCAUGGUUGACAACGAGACCCUCCCCGUGGAGUACCUGGGCGGGAAGCCGCUGUGCAUGAACCAGUACUAUCAGAUCCUGUCCUCCUGCCGUGUGCCAGGCCCCAAGCAGGACUCGGUCAUCAACUUCAGCAAGACCAAGAAGCCGCCCAUGCACAUCACCGUGGUGCACAACUACCAGUUCUUUGAGCUGGACGUGUACCACAGCGACGGGACGCCCCUCACCGCCGACCAGCUCUUCGUGCAGCUGGAGAAGAUCUGGAACUCGUCGCUGCAGACCAACAAAGAGCCCGUGGGCAUCCUCACCUCCAACCACCGCAACUCCUGGGCCAAGGCCUACAACACCCUCAUCAAAGACAAGGUGAACCGGGAGUCGGUGCGCUCCAUCCAGAAGAGCAUCUUCACGGUGUGCCUGGACGCCGUCAUUCCCCGGGUCUCGGAGGACAUGUACCGCAGCCAGGUGGCCGGCCAGAUGCUGCACGGCGGCGGCAGCAAGCUCAACAGCGGCAACCGCUGGUUCGACAAGACGCUGCAGUUCAUCGUGGCAGAAGAUGGCUCCUGUGGGCUCAUCUAUGAGCACGCGGCCGCAGAGGGGCCGCCCAUCAUCUCCCUCGUGGACCACGUCAUCGAGUACACGAAGAAGGCCGAGGUCGUGCGGUCCCCCAUGGUACCCCUGCCCAUGCCCAAGAAGCUGCGGUUCAACAUCACCCCCGAGAUCAAGAAUGACAUCGAGAAGGCCAAGCAGAACCUGAGCAUCAUGAUCCAGGACCUGGACAUGGUCGUGACCGUGUUCCACCACUUCGGCAAGGACUUCCCCAAGUCAGCGAAGCUGAGCCCGGACGCCUUCAUCCAGAUGGCGCUGCAGCUGGCCUACUUCCGGAUCUACGGGCAGGCGUGCGCCACGUACGAGAGCGCCUCCCUGCGCAUGUUCCACCUGGGCCGCACGGACACCAUCCGCUCAGCGUCCACGGAUUCGCUGGCCUUUGUCAAAGCCAUGGAUGACUCCGGCGUGCCGGAGCCCCAGAAGGUGGAGCUGCUGCGGAAGGCCGUGAACGCCCACCGCGCCUACACGGACCGGGCCAUCCGGGGGGAGGCCUUCGACCGGCACCUGCUGGGCCUGAAGCUGCAGGCCAUCGAGGACCUGGUGAGCAUGCCCGACAUCUUCAUGGACACCUCCUACGCCAUCGCCAUGCACUUCAACCUCUCCACCAGCCAGGUCCCCUCCAAGACAGACUGCGUCAUGUUCUUCGGGCCGGUGGUACCCGACGGCUACGGCGUCUGCUACAACCCCAUGGAGUCGCACAUCAACUUCUCGGUGUCGGCCUACAACAGCUGCGCCGAGACCAACGCCGCCCGCAUGGCGCACUACCUGGAGAAGGCGCUCCUGGACAUGCGCGAGCUGCUGCAGAGCCACCCCCGGGCCAAGCUCUGA